AACCUGUAAAACCCGAAAAACCCGUUGAAAAUGUCGGUUUUGCAAAAAAUCGCGGAUAUCGAGGCCGAGAUGGCUAGAACUCAAAAGAACAAGGCCACCAACGCUCACUUGGGUAUUCUGAAGGCAAAACUCGCAAAGCUCCGUCGUGAUUUGAUCACUCCAAAAGGCGGUGGCGGUGGUCCAGGAGAGGGUUUCGACGUCGCAAAGACCGGAGACGCCCGUAUCGGAUUUGUUGGAUUCCCAUCUGUCGGAAAAUCCACGUUGCUAUGCAAUUUGGCUGGAGUCUUCUCGGAAGUUGCUGCCUAUGAAUUCACCACACUUACCACCGUACCCGGAGUUAUUAGGUACAAGGGAGCCAAAAUUCAACUGCUCGAUUUACCUGGAAUUAUCGAAGGAGCCAAAGACGGAAAAGGACGUGGAAAGCAAGUUAUUGCUGUUGCCCGUACGUGCUCACUAAUCCUGAUGGUUCUGGAUGUAAUGAAGCCUCUACAACACAAGAAGCUUCUCGAAUACGAGUUGGAAGGAUUCGGUAUCCGUCUGAACAAGCAGCCACCAAAUAUUGGAUAUAAGCGGAAGGAGAAGGGAGGCAUCAAUUUGACGAUGCUCGUUCCACAAUCUGAACUUGAUUUGGAUCUUGUCAAGAGUAUCCUUGCCGAAUAUCGUAUUCAUAAUGCAGACAUCACACUUCGCUACGACGCUACUUCCGAGGAUUUGAUUGAUGUGAUUGAGGGAAAUCGAAUCUAUAUUCCGUGCAUCUAUGUGCUCAAUAAAAUCGAUCAGAUCUCGAUUGAAGAGCUCGAUAUUAUCUACCGUAUCCCGCAUACCGUACCAAUUUCCGCUCAUCAUAAGUGGAAUUUCGAUGAUUUGUUGGAGAAAGUUUGGGAGUACUUGAACUUGAUUCGCAUCUACACAAAACCGAAGGGACAACUGCCCGACUACUCGCAACCGAUUGUUUUGAAUGCCGAACGCAAGAGCAUCGAAGAUUUGUGUACGAAAAUUCACAAAUCGCUACAGAAGGACUUCAAGUGCGCUCUUGUGUGGGGAGCAUCUGCAAAGCACAACCCGCAACGUGUAGGCCGCGACCAUGUGCUCAUCGAUGAGGACGUUGUUCAGGUCAUCAAAAAAGUCUAAGCUGAAAUUCCCGUGCUUCUCGUCUUCCUGUGGUUGCUGAUUUUUCAAUGUUUUUUUCUAAUUCCUGUUCCUUUUUUUUUCAAUGUUCUUGACACUAAAUAUUGAUGGUUU